UUGGGCUUAAACCAGGUUGGAAUCCAACCUUCUACAUAAAAACACUUGAUCAACCAAAACUGUUCAUUUUAACCCUAAAUUCAACUCAAUUCUCCAACCAAGCUCAUCAUUUGCAGAUUUGAAACGCCUGAAAGGAAUGAAUUCUUCACUUUCACUUACACUUUUAAGAAAUAUGUAUCUUCGUCACUCUAACCCAUCACCAUUUCUGGAAUUCAAAGCUCCUUUUUGUUCUCUCAAACGGUCACUUUUCUUGCCCUCCAACUCCCCACUUCAAAAGCUUAACAAUGCCAGAACAAGAACCCAUCACAGAACCAUCGUAACUUGUUUGCCGGAGAGAGUUUCUCCGGUCAAAACGCUCCGGAAGAUUCUUGAAUUGCCCGGGGUCCAUCAGGGUCCCGCUUGUUUCGAUGCUCUCAGUGCUAAGCUUAUUCAAAAUGCUGGGUUUCCUUAUUGUUUCACUAGUGGAUUUUCUAUAUCUGCUGCUCGGCUGGCCUUGCCAGACACUGGAUUUUUGUCCUAUGGGGAGAUGGUGGAUCAGGGCCGGCAGAUUACCCAAGCUGUGACGAUUCCUGUUAUAGGGGAUGGUGAUAAUGGGUACGGUAAUGCAAUGAAUGUUAAGAGAACUGUCGAGGAAUUUAUCAGAGCUGGCUUUGCAGGAAUCAUUCUUGAAGAUCAGGUAUCCCCAAAAGCAUGUGGUCACACACGUGGCAGGAAAGUGGUGUCUAGAGAUGAAGCAGUGAUGCAUAUAAAAGCGGCAGUUGAUGCUCGGAAAGAAAGUGGCUCUGACAUUGUUAUUGUAGCACGAACCGAUUCUCGUCAAGCAGUGUCUUUGGAGGAAGCACUCUGGAGGUCUAGGGCUUUUGGUGAUGCUGGGGCUGAUGUUCUUUUCAUCGAUGCACUGGCUUCAAAAGAAGAGAUGAAAGCAUUCUGUGAAAUUUCUCCUCUAGUUCCAAAAAUGGCCAAUAUGCUUGAAGGUGGAGGAAAAACACCUAUUCUUAAUCCUCUUGAACUUGAGGAGGUUGGAUUUAAACUUGUGGUUUAUCCUCUUUCCUUGAUAGGAGUAUCUAUUCAAGCAAUGCAGGAUGCACUCGCUGCAAUUAAAGGAGGUCGUAUUCCUCCUCCAGGAAGUAUGCCAUCUUUUGAAGAACUGAAAGAGCUAUUAGGUUUCAACGCCUAUUAUGAAGAAGAGAAGCGGUAUGCCAUUACUAGUCCCUCAGCUUCUGAGAAAGGAAAAAACACUCUAAAGAAAGGAAAUCAAAAGGCAACAGCAAAUGGGGACAGGUGUCACUCCAGCAGGCUCCAAGUCUUUCAAAACCAACAAAGGACAGCAGAGCCACAGACAACAUCUGCAGAAACGGUUAAAGGGAUAUAAAAGAGAAAGAGGGAGGAAAAGAGAGGGCAAGCAGAAAAAUCAGAGAAUGGAGGGGAAUUGAGGGGAGAGCAGACCUCUUGAAGGCUGCAGGUUGUUUCUUAUUAUUAAGUUUGUAUUUGUUUCCGUAAUUGGUGCUUCCAGAGAAGUAUCAUAAGAAUUAUAUGUUUCUGUAAUCGGAAGACAGUGUUUAUCUUUUAUCUAGAAAUAUUAUUAGACUUUUAUAAAUCAACAUGCUAAACAUACAAGGUUCGUUUUUAUACAUUGAGAAUAUUGGCUUUUUCUUCUGAGUCUAUCUCAGCUGUCUUUAUUACAUUUUCUCCUUGGAUCUUGAGUUCCUGAGUUCAGGAAGCAGUGCCUACUUCUUGUGAUUCCUUGGCUUGUGAACUUGUAGCUGUUGGCAUCGAUCCCUGGAAGUCAAGGAAGGGCAGGCUAGCUACUGCUACUGAGUUCCCUCCAGGUACCUAACAACUUGGUAUCAGAGCAAAUGACUAGGAUGGAGGCCAGAGUAGAUGGAUUGGAAGAAGAAGUGGCAUCCAUGAAAGGAAGGUUAGAAGGGCUUGAUAGAAGAGUAGAGAGCAUGAGCGGUAAUGUGGAGGAAAUUAAAGGUAGAAUGUAGGGGGUGGAAACAGUAAUGGAGACAAUAAAAGAAUACUUGAGGGAAGUGAGAGAACGCUUGGUGGCGAAGGACAGUGGACCAUCUGACAAAGGCAAAGCAACCAUGGAGACUCCGCCAACUCCUACGCAUAUAUCACCAACGAGGGAGGUUACGCCUCUACCAACAAGGGGAGCAAAAGAGCCUGAACAAACCGAAGGAGCCAGAGAGUAGAGGACCGAAGUGGAGGAUAAUACAGGAGGUGUUUGACGUGAACUGAUUCAUCGACGUCUGGAGUUACCGGUGUUCGUCGGAGACGACCCGGUAGGGUGGGUUUUUUUAGCAGAGCAUUAUUUCUCUGUCAAUCAACUUUCUGAACAGGAGAAAUUAAUAGCAAUGGGCGUAUGCAUGGAUGGCAAAGCGUUAAGGUGGCUCCGAUGGAAUGAAACUCGACAACGAUUCGCUAACUAGACAGAACUAAAAAGAGAAAUGCUGCUAAGAUUCCGUCCAGCACAAGAGGGGUCUUUAUAUGAGGACCUGAUGGCGCUGCGUCAAACGGGAAUAGUGGAGGAGUAUAGAAGUUGGUUUGAGGCCAUUUUUGCACCAAUAGAGGACGCCGCCGAGGAAGUCUUAUUGUCAGCCUUCAUGAACGGAUUGAAGAAAGAGAUUCGGGCAGAAGUGAAACUCUUUCACUCGACAACGCUGAAGGAGGCGAUGUUGAGAGCACAGGAGAUCGAGGAGAAAAAUCGAAUUAUUGAUGCCCAAUCCGGAAUCUAUACUACCCAUUUAAACUACAGAACCCGAACUUCCAGCCCAACUUACUCUUACCUCACCAGCCCAAACCCAAGACCACACCAGACUCCAACCCAUGCCCAAACAUUCGGCCCAUCAUCGCAGCCCAACACGCGAACUGACCGACCCAGUUCAAGCUUCCAAACCACCCCACUGACCGGAUCAAACCGGCCCUUAAAUAGCACCAAUUUCGCAUCCAAUUCCAAAGUUUCUCCGGUUGCAGACAUUAGGGUUGAUUCUUCUAUCAAAGGAGCACCCAGCUCCGUUGCAUCAGCUAAUCAACCGCCACAAGAACAUCGAUAUCGAAGGCUCUCUGACGAAGAGUUCCGAUCAAGGUUGGAGAAGAGACAGUGUUUUCGGUGUGAUGAAAAGUUCUACCCAGGGCAUCGAUGCAGAUUUAGACAACUCCGAAUCAUGGUGGCGUCUGAAGAAGAAGAGGAGGAGGAGGCGGAAAACUUAAGAGAGGAGGAGGAAACGACUCUAGAAGAAAAGGAGUUGGAGUUGUCUUUAAACAGUAGUUCGGUAGUUGGAAUAUGCAGUCCGAAAACAAUAAAAUUUUUAGGGACGAUUAAAGGAUGGAAGGUUGUGAUUCUCCUUGACAGUGGGGCAACCCGCAACUUUAUUUCUCAAAAAUUGGUGGCGGAACUACUACUACAGGUGUCACCCGUGAAGUUUACAGUCACUUUGGGAGAUGAACGAAGGGUCCAAGGAUUAGGGAGAUGCGACGGAGUUGAAGUCGAAUGUCAAGAGAUUAAAAUCAUUAAGAGUUUCUUCCCUUUUGAGCUGGGAAGCGUAGAUGUAAUCUUAGGAAUGGAUUGGCUCUGUAGACUAGGGGAGGUGAAAAUUAAUUGGAAAUCCCAGACAAUGAAAUUCGAAUGGGAAGGACGACGUGUGGAGCUGAAGGGAGAUGUCUCAUUAUGCAGAGUUGAAUCUUCCCUGAAGGCUAUAAUAAAUUCUAUGAGGGAAGGUGGAGAAGGAUAUUGGGUGGAGUUUAGAGGAUUGUCGCAGGUGGGAGAAUUUAAUCCACAGCACUUAGAGCCAUGCCUGAAGGAGCUGAUAGAGGAGUACCAACAUCUUUUUCGUGAACCCACUAACCUGCCUCCGAGAAGAACCUAAGAUCAUGCUAUUAGACUUUUGCCCAAUGCCCCGCCUCCAAAUAUCCGACCAUACAGGUAUCCGUAUUUCCAGAAAAACGAGAUAGAGAAUUGUUCAGGAAAUGCUUACAGCAAGGGUAAUUAGGCCAAGUGUGAGCCCGUUCUCUAGUCCCGUGUUAUUAGUAAAGAAGGAUGAGGGAUAUAGAUUUUGUGUCGACUAUCGCGCUCUCAACAAGGUUACUGUUCCCGAUAAAUUUUCGAUUCCCGCCAUUGAUGAAUUGUUCGAGGAAUUGGCUGGAGCAACAAUUUUUAGUAAGCUGGAUCUGAAAUUUGGCUACCACCAGAUUCGGAUCAGAGACGAAGAUAUAGAGAAGACAUCUUUUCGUACGCAUUAUGGGCAUUACGAAUUUCUCGUGAUGCCAUUUGGUCUCUCAAAUGCACCUCCAACUUUUCAGAGGGUGAUGAAUGAGAUCUUUAGACCUUAUUUAAGACGGUUUGUUCUCGUCUUUUUUGACGAUAUUUUGAUUUAUAGCAAAAAUUAUAAGGAGCAUACGAGGCAUCUUCGUAUAGUGUUGGAGCUGUUGAAUGACCACCAAUUGGUUUUAAAUUUCAAAAAGUGUGCUUUUGGAUAGAGGAAAAUAAGCUACUUGGGCCACAUAGUUUCGGCAGAAGGGGUUGAAGCAGAUCCACUUAAAAUUCAAGCAAUGAGGAAUUGGCCUAUUCCGAAAGACUUACGAGAGCUGAGAGAAUUCUUGGGUUUAACGGGAUAUUAUCAAAGGUUCGUUCAGGGGUAUGGAAAAAUCGCAGAACCACUCACAAGAUUGUUAAAAAAGGAUUCUUUUGUUUGGAGUGACGAAGCCACCCAAGCAUUUGAGAAAUUGAAACAUGUGAUGUCGUCAGCCCCUGUAUUAGCCUUGCUAGAUUUUUCGAAAGAAUUUGUUAUAGAAACGGAUGCAUCAGGAGUGGGAUUGGGUGCUGUUCUUAUGCAAGACAGAAGGCCAAUAGCUUAUAUUAGUAAAGCACUUUCGAUUCAAAACAGGAACAAAUCCAUAUACGAGAGGGAGCUAAUGGCAAUUGUGAUGGCGUUUUAAAAAUGGUGUCACUACUUGUUGGGAAGGCAUUUCAAGGUAAAGACAGAUCAGCGGAGUCUUCGGUUUCUGACUGAUCAACCAGUCAUCGAAGCUGACCAACAGAAAUGGGUAAUGAAAAUGCUUGGGUACAACUUCGAAAUUUUGUACAAGCCAGGAAAUGAAAAUAAAGCAACGGACGCCCUCUCUCGAAAGUCAGAGACUAAUGGGGAAAUUUGGGCAAUCUCCACAACGCAAAUAAUGGGCUUGGAAGAGGUUGAAAAGGAAAUUUCAGAGGAUGAGAAGCUCAGGGGAAUAGUGCAGGAUCUGUUGACGAAUCCUAACUCUCAUGAAGGCCACAAGCUGCAGAAGGGAAGAUUACUUUAUCAAGGCAGGUUAGUCCUUUCGAAAACCUCUUCCUUCAUUCCUAUUUUUCUAACGGAAAUCCAUGCGUCUCUGUAUGGUGGACACUCUGGAUUUUUUCACACCUAUAAGCGAAUUUCCAGUGUGCUCUAUUAGGAGGGGAUGAAAGCUAGUGUGAAGAAAUUUGUAUCAGAAUGCGAAACUUGUCAGCGGAUGAAAUUCGAAGCAGCAUCUCCGGCUAGACUACUGCAACCACUGCCCAUCCCUACCAAAGUAUGGGAUGAUAUUUCUAUUGAUUUCAUCACAGGCCUUCCAAAAACGCCACAUGCAGACACCAUUUUAGUGACAGUUGACAGAAUGACGAAAUAUGCACAUUUUUUGACACUAAAAUACCCUUUCACAGCUGUUGAAGUUGCCAGGAAAUUCAUACAAGAAAUAGUGAAAUUGCAUGGUUUUCCUUGAUCAAUUGUUUCUGAUCGUGAUCGACUCUUUUUUAGCCAAUUCUGGGCGGAAAUUUUUAAAAUUGCAGGAACCACGCUCAAGUUUAGUUCGGUGUACCACCCCCAAUCUGACGGGCAGAUGGAAGUAGUAAAUCGGAGUUUGGAAACCUACUUGCGGUGCUUUUGCUUUCGUCAACCUAAGCAAUGGCCAAAAUGGCUCCUAUGGGCGGAGUAUUGGUUUAAUACAUCUUACAACGCAUCCGCUGGCAUGACACCCUUUAAGGCACUGUAUGGCAGAGAACCACUGGCGUUACUAAGAUGGGUCAAAGAGGUAUCGAAGAUAGAAGAAGUUAACAAGAUGAUUGAGGAAAGGAAUGCGGUGCUCGAUGAGCUCAAAGACAACUUGAGAAAAGCUCAGGAAAAAAUGAAAAAACACGCUGACAGAGGCAGAAGAGAAGUCCAAUAUUCAGUGGGUGAUUAUGUGUUCCUAAAAAUCCAACCGUAUCGUUUCAGAUCAUUAGCGAGCCGAGCAAAUGAAAAACUCAGCCGGAGAUUCUAUGGUCCUUUCGAGAUACUACAGAAAAUUGGAUCGGUAGCUUACCGCUUGAAAUUACCUCCUACUGCAAAGAUCUAUUCAGUAUUCCAUGUCUCACAAUUGAAGAAAAGAGUUGGUCCAACAGUAACCUGCCAACCUCUUCCUGAAUGCUUGACCGACAAUGGAGAAUUACAGGUGCAGCCAUCAGCAAUAUUACAACAUCGAUACUCUCAGCAUGGGGAACUGGAAAUUUUAGUGAAAUGGGAAGGCCUCCCUCACUGAAAAUUCCUGGGAAUUAUUUACAACCUUCUGGAACCUCUUUCCACAAUUUGACCUUGAGGACAAGGUGCCUUUCGAUGAGAGGGGAAAUAUUAGGACUAAUGUAUACAUAACACGCAAGAAAAAACACUCUAAAGAAAGGAAAUCAAAGGCAAUAGCAAAUGGGGACAGGUGUCACUCCAGCAGGCUCCAAGUCUUUCAGAACCAACAAAGGACAGCAGAGCCACAGACAACAUCUGCAGAAACGGUUAAAGGGAUAUAAAAGAGAAAGAGGGAGGAAAAGAGAGGGCAAGCAGAAAAAUCAGAGAAUGGAGGGAAUUGAGGGGAGAGCAGACCUCUUGAAGGCUGCAGGUUGUUUCUUAUUAUUAAGUUUGUAUUUGUUUCCGUAAUUGGUGCUUCCAGAGAAGUAUCAUAAGAAUUAUAUGUUUCUGUAAUCGGAAGACAGUGUUUAUCUUUUAUCUAGAAAUAUUAUUAGACUUUUAUA